GUCAGAUGACAUCAUUCAUCGGAGGAAAUUGUGGAGCUGGUGUACCGAGGGAUCAGAUCGCCUCGCUGUUCGUGGGGGAUCUUCAUCCAGAAAUGUCCGAGUUCCUCCUCCAUCAGACGUUUAGCCCGUUCGGUCCGAUCCAGUCCGUGCGGGUCUGCAGAGACAGGGUGACUUGGCGCUCCCUGCGGUAUGGUUAUGUUAACUUUGUUAACGUCGCCGAUGCUGAGAGUGCCACGGACACCCUAAUGUGUCAGGAUCUUCUGGGCAGACCCAUGCGAAUCAUGUUCUCCCAGCGUGAUUCCACUCUGAGGACGACUGGGGUGGGGAACUUCUACAUCAAGGGUCUGGCCAGCAGCAUCGAUGGUGCCCGCCUUCAUGACACCUUCUCACGUUUUGGGAAGAUCCUGUCUUGCAAGGUGGUCUGUUAUGCAAAUGGAUCCAAAGGUUAUGGAUUCGUCCACUUUGUCACCUUUGCAGCGGCAGAGGAGGCCAUCAAAGCCCUUGAUUGCAUGUUGUUGGACGACCAGCUAGUGUCCAUUUGCCACUUUAAAACCUUUGAAGAGCGUCAGGUUGAGCCAAAGGUUAUGGCUCAGGACAACGGGAGGCACUACCCGGGGGUGAGUCUGUACGUGUCUAAUCUGCCCUAUAGCUUCAGUGAGCAGCAGCUGUACAGAGCUUUCUCACCCUUUGGAAGCAUCAUCAGUGCCAAGUUGAUGAUGGAGGCAGGACGCAGCAGAGGGUUUGGAUUUGUCAGCUUCUCCACCCUCGAAGAUGCGACUACUGCUGCGUCUGUCAUGACCGGGCUUAUGGUUGCCGGCAGGGCGUUGCGGGUCACUCUGUCUCGUCACAAUGAGCAGAAGACCCAGGCUGAGAAGCAGGACAGCAGCAGUGAAUCACUUCCUGCUGGACAGUUUACGUCUGCUGUUCCUCAGGUGAGAUGA